AUGGAGUAUGGUAGCGGAGGGAGUGGUGGGUCCCCAGGGGAGCACCACCAUCACCACCACAAUCACAACGACGCUUCUUCUUCCGAGCGGAGGAAAAAGCGCUACCACCGUCACAGUGCGAAUCAGAUUGAAAGGCUUGAAAGGGUGUUCAAGGAGUGUAAUCACCCAGACGAGAAGCAGAGAUUGCAGUUAAGCAGAGAAUUAGGCUUGGCUCCAAGGCAGAUCAAAUUUUGGUUCCAGAACAGAAGGACCCAGAUGAAGGCGCAUGGAGAGAGAGCAGAUAACUGUGCACUGAGGGCAGAGAAUGAUAAGAUACGUUGCGAGAACAUAGUCAUAAGGGAGGCCCUCAAGAACGUUAUCUGCCCCUCUUGUGGUGGUGGCCCCUCCCUCAACGACGAUUCCUAUUUCGAUGAACAAAAAUUGAGACUUGAGAAUGCCCAACUAAAAGAAGAGCUUGAUAGAGUGUCUAGCAUUGCGGCUAAGUACAUUGGAAGGCCAAUUUCACAGCUCCCACCAGUUCAGCCAAUUCAUAUAUCCUCCCUUGAUUUGACCAUGUCAAGUUUCGGGGGCCACGCCGGGUUCGGCGGCGGCCCCUCCCUUGACCUUGACCUCCUUCCGGGGAGUUCCUCGGCUAUGCCGCCGCAUGUGCCUUACCAGCCGGCUUGUCUCUCGGACAUGGACAAGUCCCUAAUGUCAGGCAUUGCCUCUAACGCCAUGGAGGAAUUGCUGAGCCUCUUGCAGACCAAUGAGCCGUUGUGGAUGAAAUCAAGUGAUGGGAGAGAUGUUCUUAAUUUUGAUGCAUAUGAUAGGAUGUUUCCAAAGGCUAAUAGUCACUUGAAGAACCCCAAUGUUAGGAUAGAAGCUUCUAGAGACUCUGGUGUUGUUAUCAUGAAUGGCCUAACCUUGGUUGACAUGUUCAUGGAUCCAAGCAAGUGGAUGGAGCUGUUUCCCACAAUUGUAACGGCUGCAAGAACAAUUGAAGUUAUAUCUUCUGGGAUGAUGGGUGGUCAUAGUGGUUCUUUGCAAUUGAUGUAUGAAGAGUUGCAAGUGCUGUCUCCACUUGUUUCAACAAGAGAAUUCUACUUCCUCCGUUAUUGUCAGCAAAUUGAGCAAGGUCUAUGGGCAAUAGUAGAUGUUUCCUAUGAUUUUCCACAGGACAAUCACUUUGCUCCGCCGUUCCGAUCUCAUCGCCUUCCUUCUGGUUGCUUCAUUCAGGACAUGCCUAAUGGAUACUCCAAGGUUACAUGGGUUGAACAUGUAGAGAUCGAAGACAAAACUCCGGUUCAUCGUCUUUUCCGGAAUCUUGUUUAUAAUGGAAUGGCAUUUGGAGCUCAGAGAUGGCUUGCUGUGUUGCAGAGGAUGUGUGAAAGAUUGGCUUGUUUAAUGGUAACAGGAAAUUCCACCAGGGACCUUGGAGGAGUGAUUCCUUCUCCAGAGGGAAAGAGGAGCAUGAUGAGGCUAGCACAAAGAAUGGUAACCAAUUUUUGCGCGAGCAUUGGCACGUCGGCCGGCCACAGGUGGACCACACUGUCCGGGAUGAAUGAGAUUGGUGUCAAGGUCACUGUCCACAAGAGCACAGACCCCGGUCAACCUAGCGGUGUGGUGCUGAGCGCCGCCACCACCAUUUGGCUCCCUCUCCCUCCACAAACCGUCUUCAAUUUCUUCAAGGACGAAAGAAAAAGACCACAGUGGGAUGUUCUUUCUAAUGGCAAUGUACAAGAAGUUGCUCAUAUAGCAAAUGGUUCACACCCUGGUAACUGUAUAUCUGUGCUUCGGGCAUACAACACAAGCCAGAAUAACACACUGAUACUACAAGAGAGUUGCAUAGAUCCAUCAGGCUCCAUAGUAGUAUACUGUCCGGUUGAGCUUCCAUCGAUCAACAUAGCAAUGAGCGGCGAGGACCCGUCUUAUAUCCCCCUGGUACCGUCAGGUUUCACGAUCACCCCCGACGGAAACCACCACGAUCAUCAAGGAGGUGGUGACGGGGCAUCCACAAGCUCAACCCCAAGCAGAAGCAGCAGCACCAUGGUGGGAAUGAGAUCCGGCGGGUCACUGGUGACGGUUGCAUUCCAAAUACUAGUGAGUAGCUUGCCAUCUGCAAAGCUCAACAUGGAGUCUGUAGCAACUGUUAAUAACCUCAUCAGCACCACUGUUCAGCAAAUUAAAGCUGCUUUGAAUUGUCCUACUUCCUGA